AUGGUUGCCCUGCUGCCCACCCCGUGCAGCCGGUUCCUCUGGAGCCCACCGGACCAGUAUCGGAGCAUCAAGGUCCUACUGGGCACCAGCACUGGGAUCCUCUUCGGCCUGGGGCUCUGCCAGCUCCUCGUUAUUCCCCUGAACAUCCCAGAGAUACGCAAGGUGCAGAUCUCCUUUGGGGUGGCAGGGAUGACAGCCUUCGGCUGGGCCACAUCCCCCCACUUCCGUUGUGCCAGCCUGCUCCUGGCCCCCAAAUUCAUGGGCAAGGAGGGCCGGGUCUACGUCCUCUCCUUUGUCCUCGCAUCCAUCUACAGUGGGCCUGUGGCCAAUAUCUGGCACAACCUGGAGGAGGUGACGCGCUCGAUGGGCUGCGUGACGGAGAUGCAGAUCACCCACACCCGCCACCUCUGGCGCAUGUCCACAGCCCCCCUGCGCAAGGCCAUGGAGGACAUUGCGGAUGCGGGCUACGACCUGCGCCAGCAGAAACAAGACCCUAGGCAGGCCCCCAGCACCCAGAAGCGCUUUGAGACGAAAACCAAAAUGCGCUGCGACUAUUUGGUCGACCUGGGCAUGAAGCGCUGCCGGAACUGGUUUGACGAGAAGUACAAGGCCUGCAUGGAUGCCGUGUACCUCCCCCUCAUCAACAACCUCCUCUGCCUGCCCAUGCAGUUCAAAUUCCUCUGCCACCUUGCCAAGGUCAUGCGUGCCUGGUGCCAGGAGAGGAUUCCCGUGGAAGGCAACUUUGGGCACAUGUAUGACAAGGUGAACGACUCUGUGGGCAACCUCAGUGAGGAAUUCAGUGCCAGUGUUUACUCUCAGGAGGUGCACCGUGACAUGCUGAUGGGCAUCAAUGUGUCAGCAGAGCAGCUAGUGGAGGAUGUGGCUGGGCACCUGCGGCAGCAGGGUGCCCGCGUAGACCGGGCCUUCACCUUCUUCCGCAUGGUGCUCUCCUGCACCUUCCUCCUCGUCUUCCUCUCGGCCUUCUCCUACACCAAGCGGUACUGCAGGGACAUCUGCUUUGACAACCUCUACAUCACCACCUACUUUCGCCAAAUUGAUGCCCGCCGCAGAAAGCAGUUGCUGGAGCUUCUGGAGUGCAUCCCGCCUCUGCUCCUGCUCCUCCUCGCCUGCGGCCUGGACUACACGCUCUUCACCACACUCAGCAUCAUCCAGCAGCACUCCUUCGUCCAAUACUCCUACCACAGCAGUCACCACCUGGCAGUGCAUGUGACAGGGACGUCGCUGAUGGCUCGGCUCCUGCGAAGCACCAUCGGGGCCCUCAACACCUCCUCCAGCACUCAGCUGGAGACGUCCAACUUAGCCUGCCUGCCGCAGCCCCGGAGCAUGACGAAGCAGCAGUACCUGGACAGCGGUCUGCCCCUGGUCGCGCUGGUGGUGCUCUGCCUAGCCCAGGUCUACACGUACCGGCUGCGCCGCACCAUCGCUGCCUUCUACUUCCCCAAGUCUGGCCCGGGGGGGCUGCACAGUGACACGGGUGACAGCUGGUGGCAGCGCCAUGUGGAAUUGGGACAGUCCUGGUAUGUCACCCCGUGGGUCCUGCGGGACGACCGGAUGCUCAGCCUGGCAGAGGCGACACAGUGCAGGAACCACAUACCCAGCACCUGGGUACCCUAG